AUGGGUGAAGACGAUGACAAGAAGCCCAAGAUCUCCAACCAGCGCAAGCAGCAUCUUAAGAGUUUGAUGCUGCAAGUCGCUAAGGUUGCACUAGAGAAAGAAGAGCUUGAUAUCGCUGCAGAAAAGGAAAGUUACCUGGCAGAGCACUGCACGCCCCUGAGCCUGCCGAGCUCCCUUCAAGACCUGCAGGACCUUUGCAAGAAGUUACAUGCCAAGAUAGAUGUGGUGGAUGAAGAAAGAUACGACAUGGAGCAGAAGGUGCAGAAGAGCUCAAAGGAGCUGGAAGAUUUGAACCAGAAGAUCUUUGACCUGAGAGGCAAGUUCAAGAGGCCCCCACUGAAGAGAGUGCGCAUGUCGGCUGAUGCCAUGUUGCGCGCUCUGCUGGGCUCCAAGCACAAAGUCAACAUGGAACUACGUGCCAAUCUGAAGCAGGUCAAGAAGGAAGACACAGACAAGGAGAAGGAUUUGCGUGACGUUGGAGACUGGCGUAAGAAUAUCGAGGAGAAGUCCGGCAUGGAAGGCAGGAAGAAAAUGUUCGAGUCCGAGUCAUAA